GUCCUCUCGAGGCAGCUGUCAGAUUCAGAUUCAGAUACACAAUUGAAGCCCCUCAUCUCAAACCGCAAAACACGGACUCUUACCCCCAGCAAAAAGUGAUGAGGCUAAGACUUUUUUGGUAAAAUAUGGUCGUCUAAGAUACGGAGUGCUGCUCCUCGUUCACCCCACUGAUCCCCCUAACCCAUCAUCACCAUGGACUCUACCAACAACUAUGUGAUGAUUCAUGGGAAGAAUAUCUCCCAUAACACCCUGGCGGGCUCCGCUGCCGUGGCCCACAUGUCCAUCGACAAGCUGUUUCCAGCUCUCCUUGAGUGCUUUGGCAUCAUACUGUGUGGCUAUAUAGCAGGGAGGGCUGACAUCAUCACAGAGAGCCAGGCGAAGGGUUUGGGGAACUUCGUGUCCAUGUUUGCCCUUCCAGCUCUGCUCUUUAAAAACAUGGUGCUGUUAGACUUUGGAAAUGUCAUAUGGGCGUUUCUCUGGAGUGUCCUGGUUGCUAAGGUGACAGUGUUUGUGCUGGUGUGUGUGCUGACACUGAUGGUGGCCAGUCCAGACAGCAGAUACAGCAAGGCUGGUCUCUACGCCAUCUUUGCUACUCAGAGUAACGACUUUGCCUUGGGAUAUCCAAUAGUUGAUGCUUUGUAUCGCAGCACAUAUCCAGAAUACCUCCAGUACAUCUACCUAGUUGCCCCAAUCUCCCUCAUGCUCCUCAAUCCUAUCGGCUUUGCUCUUUGUGAAGUGCAGAGGUGGAGGCAGGCCAGUCAUCCACAGCGCAGCACGCUUGGCAUCCUGGGAGUUGUAAUCAUACAGGUGUUGAAGAACCCAAUAGUUUCUGUUGUCUUAGUGGGAAUCAUCUCUCACUUUGCACUGAGCCAGAGGAUCCCUGCUGUGUUGUCAGAGUUCAUAGAUGGCCUAGCAAAUUCUUUUGGAGGGACAGCACUGUUUUACCUCGGCCUCACAAUGGUUGGCCAACUUAGAAAAUUAACCAGAGACACUGGAGUUGCCUUGAUACUGCUCAUCACAGCCAAACUCCUGGUGAUGCCACUGGUCUGCAAAGACAUGGUGGAUAUCCUGGAUGUAGGAGUGAACAGCACCAGUGCCAACCACACCAGUUUGUCCAACUUUGCUUUCCUAUAUGGCGUCUUCCCAACUGCACCUAGUGUGGCCAUCUACGCCGCACACUAUAACAUGGAGUUAGAGGUGGUAACAUCAGGCAUGGUAAUCAGUACAUUUCUAUCUGCGCCGAUCAUGUAUGUGUCAGCUUGGCUGCUGACAAUCCCUCUGAUGGACCCAACACCUUUGAUCACAGAGCUUGAAAAUGUCAGCUUCAACAUCAGCAUCAUCAGUCUCGUAGCACUGGUGUGGACCAUAGCAGUGAUGUUGCUCAGCAGAAAAUUUAAUAGACUUCCUCAUCUCUUUGUGUUAAAUCUUUUUCUUGCUCAGUUCCUCGUGUGUAUUAGCAUGAUCCUGUGGAAUGUCUUGGUGAAACAAGAGGAUAAUCUAGUAGGAAAAAUUCUCACCUUCACUUUGCUCUAUGGGUCUCUGUACAGCACGUAUAUCUGGACAGGUUUGAUCCCUCUGUGCCUGGCUCUGACCAACAGAGAUGAUCUGCUGAGACUUCGACCAGGAGUCUUCAUGCUUUUGGGUUGGGGUGUUCCCUUCCUCAUGGUUGGAAGUCUUCUGAUAUUUGGAGAGAGGACAGAUACCAUAGACUCUGCCUUCUUCUAUGGUAGAGCUCAGAUUAUAAGCACUGCAGUGGUGCUUUCAGUCAGCCUGGUGCUGGGUGCAAUAUCCCUGAUGGGUCUCAGCCAGGGAGACAGGGAGCUGAGUGGCUACCAGUCCCUGAGCAGAGCUGCUGUAACGGGCAUCAGUGAUGAGCCGAGGGCCCCUGGUGGCUCUGAGGAUACACAACAACAACAACAGCAACAACAACAGACACAGAUGGCAAAUUCACCUGCCUGCAGCAUCAACUCAGACCUCCACAGUUUUUCUCCUCUCCAGACUGUACCUGACAUGAUAGCCAGCACACAGAGGACAGAGCACACAAACAGCACAGGACACAGUGGUGAUCUGUGUGACGGGCAGCAACAGAGUUGCUCCUCCUCAGAGCAGCCGCUGAAUCUGCCUCCACCUGGUGGGAUUCAAACCACUGACGAAAAACAGACUUUGAGGCACGUCCUGCUCUGUCUGCUGCUCAGUGUCAGCCUGCUAGCUAACCUGUCCAGUUGUCUGUGGUGGUUAUUCAACAAAGACCCUGGGAGACUUUACCUGGAACUGCAGUUCUUCUGUGCAGUGGCAAAUUAUGGGCAGGGUUUUCUGUCCUUUGGGAUCUUUGGUCUGGACAGACACCUCAUCAUUCUGCCUUUCAAGAAGAGGCUGCUCGGUCUGUGGCAGGGCAGAGAUAGUGACGACCUGAGCCCCUCCGGUGUACCAGAGGACGUCAGACUCACCUGCACCCAGUUUGUUCGCUACCACAAAGACCAGUGUGUACAAGACCUAGUACACACACGCAGUAACAGGUUUGGAGGAGGACUCAAGGAGGAGAAAGGAGUUUUGAGACAUUCCUCUUCACAUCAGCCCCACUACCCGUGCACGCAUCAGGAGCAAGUAAACACCGAGUCCAAGAACCUGCACCCGAUUCACCAAAAUUACAAUCCAGCUGAAUCCAGCGGCCAGUGUUCGCUUCCACCCCGACAUCACCCACAGCCUGAAAAUCAACAAGAGUCUAGUCCCAACCCCGAUGCACCGGUGGAUCACCUUUCUCAGUUGCAGCCAAACCAAGCUGAUGUCCCUGCUAAUUCUCAACACGUACCCCGGCAUGGUGUUGCCUCAAGCCACCAUCAUCAGCAUCCUCAGUCCCAUGUUGAAGGCGUGUUUCGAGGCAGUGACUUGGUGGACUGGCUGGUGGAACGAGGCCUGUGCGCUGGACGAGCCGAGGCCCAACUAUACGGCGUUCGCCUUCAGCAGGGAGGAGUGCUCCAUCACUCGACGGGCCAGCACCACUUCAGGGAUGAACCCACCAUGCUGUACCACUUCACACAGAGUGGAGAUACUUCCACAAUAUAUGAGGGGAUCUGAGGAGGAUGGAGCGAUGUGGAGAACAGGACGUAGAUGAGCCAGAGACAGAGGAUGGAAGAACCUUACGAGUACCAAACGGCAACCACAUCGGGUGAGUGCCAAAGAGGAAGUGCCUUAUGGUCCAGGUUUUAUUUAGUGAUGCUAAAUAUUGACUCAGGAUUAUAUGAAAGAUCCACAAACGCUCUAUAGAAAUACAGUAGUUUCCCCAAAAAAUAUUUACAAAAUUAUACGAGUGGGAAAUUUGUCUUGAUUGACAUUUGUCUCAGGCUGUUCAUAGUUUAUUGGUCACUCACUCACCAUGUGGCCCAAAUUUGAAAAUUACAAAAAAUAAUUAAAAAAAAUAAUUACUGUGAGUCUGUAUUUGAAGUCCCCGUUAGAUAUUUGCAGGUGAUGUGAGUGUUUUCACAGAGAAAUCCUAAAACAAAAAAGGAGAAAAGAGGAAAGAAGUUUUUCCUGCUGGUGCUUGACCCCUCCUGACUCCAUGACUUGUUUUUUUGUUUCUAUCAUUAUUAUUAUUUUUUUUAACUACGCUGGACUCUGUUGGCUGUGAUGACAGUUCUCUUCUGAGCUACUGUGAGUUGUGAACGAGAUCACAUUUCACACAGUAAUAGAAGUGUGAGUGUCAGUGGAUUGUUAUUGAGGACUGGUGUCAUACAUUUUUUUAAUGACAUUUGAGACUUGCGUGCCAGUAUAACCAAGCAAAUCAAUAAAUGGAUGGAACCGCUCACUGAACGCCUCUGACAUUUUUACCAUAGGUAUUUAUUUUUUUCUCGGACGAUACACUGAUGAAUUCCUCUUGAAUCUGCCUGUUAUUUCAGUAUUGUAUUAUUUUGCACGCUGCGUCUUUUAACCACUCUGGUCUAUGCUGACAACUUGCAUGACACGGAGCAGUACAGACUGCUGCUCAGCACUCAACCUUUUGCACUGACUGAACAAUUACACUCUUUCACAAUUUUAUAUUAUGCAUCUCACUGGAUAUUCAUUUUUCUUGUGCAGCUGCUGCGAAAGAUGUUCUCUGUAUGUUUUAACCGUGUCAGCUGUCAGUGUGAAACAUGUUGUUGGACUGAUCUUCUUACUAAACCGAGUAACUCAGCCAGGGUGGAAAACUGGCACAGAUGCUUUUCCGGCCAAAUGUGACAAUAGCUUGAUUGAUUCAUGUUAUUUCUUUGUUAAAACUUGUUAAUGUGAACAUACGUAUAUGCAUUUAAUUGAUAAAUUAAUUUUGACAGGAUUGAUGUGGCCAGAGGGCUGACAAAAAUAGUGAAAGGUAAAACAACUGACAUGUUGGGUUUCUUUAAGAUGUUUCAACACACAUAUUAGUAGCUUCUUCAGUGCUAAAUUACUAGUGGUGUUUUAUUAGGAACAUCUGUGGGUGUUUCCCCUCCUGAAACUCAUCUGACUGUGGUCUGGCAAUAACCAGAUACUGACCUGUACUUUGAGGAAUUUAAUUAUUUAUAAUUUAGUUUUCUUUCCCAAUUAACGGUACCCUAAAGAACCAGAGACUCCAAAGGCGUGAACCUGUGUGAAACUUUGCCAAAUACCUUUCCCCAAAACCCACAGAUGUACUUAUUAAAUCCCUGACUCACCACCUGUCUGUUUUAACUGAAGAAACAUCUUCCAGAGACUAAACAGGUGCAGUUCUUUCAGCUUUGUUUUUUGGUUAUGCAUUGACCUGGGUGACUGAGAACCUUCACAGACAACACUACUGAUUUUGUGUCAUAUCUCUUUAGUUUGUACACAAGACCACUAUGUAACUGUUUACGUCUGUUUUUUUGCCUGUUAUGUUGCUGCUGAUUUAUCAUCUUUAAACUAUGAAGUUUACAGUGGGUUUGCAAGGUUGUAGAGGACUGAUGGAUGGCGAUAUAUGCACCAAGAACAGCACUAACAAAUGAUCUGAAUCUUUUCUGAGUCUUUUCUUUUCUGAUCUGAGUUUUCGAUGGCCAGAUGUCUAUGAAACUUGUACUAGUUCCCACAAUCGUACAUGUGCAUAUACUUCCAUCUAUGUGUCCUUUGCUAACUGACUCUAAACCAGGUCACACCAGGUCCUUGAGCUGAUACAAAUGUGAAUUAUUCUGAGAGUGCCUGCCUCAGCCAAUGUGAAGGAAUGUUUGUGUGUUGUUUGCAUGAAUAAAAAAAUGUUGAGUUUC